CGGGCACCUCCUGAGCGCCGUCAUGGCUGCUUAGGCUGUGCCUGCCAGCGGACCGACGGUGUCGGGGUCGCCUGAGUCCUGCCUGCUAGGGUAGGUCUGGGUUGGAGUCUGUGCCUGCUUACUUGGCGUGUGGUGGCUCCGGCUUGUUUGGUACAGAGUGUCAUUGUCGCUGGCUUCGUAUUUGCAUAGGAAUCAGAGGAGUUAAUCUUGUCUCUCCUCACAGGUUCGAGUCUUCAGACUUCUACAGGACUCCAUCCAUACCUGCCUCACAGCCAACUUUCCUGCUUACACAGAAGACACCCAGCUAUCGUACUCUGGAUCUCUCCCAGCUGCUAGGCUGUGGUGCUACCUUUCUGAAGUCAAGCUGUAGUGACUCCCUACCUUCUUUCUGCCCAUGCUUAAAUGGCACAGCAGUUCCUCGGCACAUCUGAAGAAGAAAGUGUGAGAAGCAAAGACCAUGGCUCCAUUCCGCUGUCAGAAAUGUGGCAAGUCCUUCCUCACCCUGGAGAAGUUCACCGUCCACAAUUAUUCCCACUCCAGGGAGCGCCCAUUCAAGUGCUCGAAGGCUGAGUGUGGCAAAGCCUUCGUCUCCAAGUAUAAACUGAUGAGACACAUGGCUACACACUCACCGCAGAAGAUUCACCAGUGUGCUCACUGUGAGAAGACAUUCAACCGGAAGGAUCACCUGAAGAAUCACCUCCAGACCCACGAUCCGAACAAGAUCUCCUACGUUUGUGAGGAUUGCGGCAAGAAGUACCACACCAUGCUGGGCUACAAGAGGCACCUGGCCCUGCAUUCGGCCAGCAGUGGCGAUCUCACCUGUGGGGUCUGCACCCUGGAGCUGGGGAGCACCGAGGUCCUGCUGGACCACCUCAAGUCCCACGCGGAAGAAAAGGCUCAGCACGCGCCCCGGGAGAAGAAACACCAGUGCGACCACUGUGAUAGGUGCUUCUACACCCGCAAAGAUGUGCGUCGCCACCUGGUGGUCCACACAGGAUGCAAGGACUUCCUGUGUCAGUUCUGUGCCCAGAGAUUUGGGCGCAAAGACCACCUCACUCGUCACACCAAGAAGACCCACUCCCAGGAGCUGAUGCAAGAGAGUAUGCAGGCAGGAGAGUACCAGAGCAAUUUCCAACCCAUUGCGCCUCCGCCUUCAUUCCAGAUAAAGGCUGAUCCCAUGCCUUCUUUCCAGUUAGGAGUGCCCCCCGAGAAUGGGCUUGAUGGUGGCUUGCCACCCGAGGUUCAUGGUCUAGUGCUUGCUCCCCUGGAAGAGACUAUGCUGUCUAUGCCGCCUAUGCAGCUUAUGGAGCCUAUGGAGCCUAUGGAGCCUAUGGAGCCAAUGGCGCUUAUGCAGCCGAUGCCAGAGCAGCCUUUUACUCUGCACCCUGGGGUAGUUCCCACCUCUCCUCCCCCAAUUAUUCUUCAGGAGCAUAAGUAUAAUCCUGUUCCUACCUCAUAUGCCCCAUUUGUAGGCAUGCCGGUUAAAGCAGAUGGCAAGGCCUUUUGCAACAUGGGUUUCUUUGAGGAAUUUCCUCUGCAGGAGGCUCAGCCGCCCUUCAAGUUCAACCCAUGUUUUGAGAUGCCUAAAGAGGGGUUUGGGAAAGUCACCCUGCCCAAAGAGCUGCUGGUAGAUGCUGUGAAUAUAACCAUUCCUGCCUCUCUGGAGAUCUCCUCCGUAUUGGGGUUUUGGCAGCUCCCCCCUCCCACUCCCCAGAAUGGCUUUGUGAAUAGCACCAUCCCCGUGGGGCCUGGGGAGCCACUGCCCCAUAGGAUAACUUGUCUGGCCCAGCAGCAGCCACCACCACUGCCGCCUCCACCACCUCUGCCUCUGCCACAGCCGCUGCCACAGCCAGUGCCACAGCCACAGAUGCAGCCCCAGUUUCAGCUGCAGAUCCAGCCGCAGUUCCAAAUGCAGCCCCAGAUGCAGCUGCAGCCACUACAGCUGCAGCUACCACAGCUGCUGCCUCAGCUGCAGCUGCAGCAGCAUCCUGAGCCAGAUCCAGAGCUAGAGCUAGAGCCAGAGGAAGAGGAAGAGGAAGAAGAAGAGGAGGAGGAGGAGGAGGAAGAGGCAGAAGAAGAGGAAGAACCAGAGGCAGAGGCAGAAGAAGAUGAAGAGGCAGAAGAUGAAGAUGAAGAACCACAGCCAGAAGCAGUCCAAAUAGCAGUGAGCGCUGUGAAUAUGGGCCAGCCCCCAUUACCCCCAACUCCCCAUAUUUUCACCGCUGGCUCCAACACUGCUAUUCUGCCCCAUUUCCAUCAUGCCUUCAGAUAAACUGUUUUUUUU